AAGACGUGUUCUUCGGCCCGAGUCGCCGUGCGCUCGGGCCCCGCGGGGGCGGCAUGUCUGGCGCGGGCGGCUUCGGCAGGCAUGCGGUGGGCGAGGCCGACAUCAGGCAGGUCGACGGCGGGCAGCUGGUGGGCAAGACCUUCGGCGAGAGCUCCUACACCAUCUACGAGGCCUGCGGGCCGGGUCAGGUGGAGGAGCCCCCCUAUUUGGUCGUGUGGUUGCACGGGGCCGACAUGGGCGACAUGCCUAAGGAGAGUGCCUCCUCACCCUGCAGAAGGGCCUGCGGCACCGGCUGUUUUUCCUGGUGCCUCUGAACCCCAAGGUGUCCAGCGAGGGCCUUCGGUUCUACUGGGGGAUCUCCUACACGAAGGCCCAGAACAAGAACGGCCUGGGCUACAUCUUCGGGGACUGGCACCAGGAGAGUUCCUCGACGCGCUCACCGGCACCGUCCAGCGGGUCGCCCACGAGAGGGCGGCG